AUGGAGAAAAAGGGAAUUUUAUGCUUUGUUGUGGCCCUUUUGGGGAUAAUAUCAGCAGGUGCUGGCUUUGCAGCUGAAGUUACAAGGGUUAAGGCUUCACAAGUUACACUAGAACUGGGAGAAUGUGUAUAUCCACGAAGCCCAGCACUGGUUCUAAGCUUAAUAUCAGCAGCAACGCUUUUGAUGGGUCAAAUAAUAAUAAAUUUCUCCACUGGCUGUUUUUGCUGCAAAAGAAACAAUGCUCAAUCUCAUAGUUCUAAUUGGACUAAAGCUCUUUGCUUCUAUAUUGUUUCUUGGAUAACAUUUAUGACAGCAAUCGGCCUAUUGCUAACUGGUGCUGCACUCAAUGAUCGACGAGGUGAACAAGUUUACAAAGAUGGCGGCAUCUACUGCUAUGUUAUCAAACCCGGAGUCUUUGCCGUCGGAGCCGUCUUGUCCGCUUUAAGUUCGAUUUUCGGAGUCUUCUAUUAUCAAACCCUAAACUCGAAAGCGAAGGAUGCGAGCAAUGCUCCAAUUACGAAUCAAGGUGGCAUAGUCACGGCACAACCUCAAUUCCCCUCUGAGAAUCCUGGUUUUGUAAAUGGAGAUGCUUAUAACAAGCGGCAAUUCAAUUGA